CCACUAGGGUGCGUCAGUUGCGUUGUUAUGGUUGACUAUGACAUUAUGAAAAUAAUCGUCGUCUCCAGUUGCGGUUCGUCGCAACGGUUAAUUAAUAAUCGUCUGAGGAAAUAUUUCGAUCAUGGAUCCAGGAUGGCAGGACGUUAAUGUUUACGAGCUCGUGACGCAAUUGGUUAAGCAUACAUUGCGACGAAACUAUCCUGAAAAUGGGAACUUCUACAUGCCUCCCAGAGACGAUAUCAAAAUAGUAAAGAGACUUCGCUCAAAAGCUUUUGAGAUAUUGUUAAAUAAAAGUAAUAAAAUAUACGAUCAAGAGAACAAGGCAAAUUGUAGAGCUGACCCCUUAGUGCAGAUAUUAAAGCAUGCCUUUGUACUCAAAUUAUCCCUGAAACGUAUAUCGGAGGCUACAGAAUUGGAGAAUUUAAUAAACAAUUUGUUCAAUCAGGAAGCUAACAUAGAACCUGUGGUUGAUCCUGUUUUAAAGUUAUUGAUAGAGCUUAAACAUUUUCAGAUUGAUACACAACCUGCAUUGGAUAUAUUUCACUAUGGUAAAACCAAUCCUCUCUUGCCUGAAGAUGUCACAUGUACAAAUGGUGUGCCCAUGUUUCAAACAUAUCCUAUGGAAUCGCUUGUCUUACCUGAGAAGUUCGAAGCCAUGUUGGGCAUUUGUAGAACAUAUCCUAAGCAAAAUGCAUCUGCCAAUUUUGUCAGUAGAAUAUCAUUUGAAGAUCAGCAUGUGUCUAAGGCCAUACUUGGGAUAGAAACAAUCAGAUAUAAUAAUGCUAUUGAAAUGGCUCCUUGUAUAUCAAAUAGUAGCGACAAUAUACCGAAACAAUAUAAUAUGAUCAGUCCUCUUUUGACGUGUUUUAUGCAGAUCGACACAGAGCAAACCAGUAAACUAUACUUGUCCACUCCAAAAUUUAUAUCAAACAUGACUUUGCCUUGCGAAUGGAUAGAGCCUAUAGAGAAUCAAAAAGACAAUUUAAACGGCUUGUGUUCAUUGGACGACUCUAAUUGUAAUUUCGCGAACGAAGAGAAACACGUUAAAGAUAACGUUGACUUAAUAUGGGAAAAUAUGCGGCUCUCUGAUGACUGCGUCUCAAAGUUACGAACGUGGGAAUCCCUCGGAACUGCGGAAUCUCUUAAGCAGACGCUAUUUGUUACUGAUCUGCCGGAGACAACGAUGCACUUAGCGAGGAUAAGACAAACAAGUAUUUUAUCACUGCUGCCAAAGAAGGCAAUGACUGCCAUACAACUGAUGCGAGAGGUUUCUCUGAAAAAGUUCUUGUCGGAUAUUAAGACGCUGUUGUUCGGCAUAGACUCGGACUCCUUCACGUACGAUAACGUGACGGGAUUUAAAUUGGAGGAGAACAUUACCGUGCUGGGUAUAAGCUCGGAAUCGCUGAUGAUCACAUGCCGAGAGGCAAUUAAUUGGGGCAACAGUUUCAAGUCCUUGUCGCGCCUUGUCACGCCUGACCCACAAACGGGUAAAUUGCAGCAGGAUGGUCUAAUAUUCAAGGCGAUGUGUACCAAUGUUAAAGAAUUGCUGUUGUACUAUCGAGCAGCGUUACAAAGGAUCCUCAACCGACACGAGUUCCACGGACUGUUGAGUCUGUUUAAGGAAGUCCGGCCAUUGGCGCGUCUGAUCGUGGAAGUCGCGAGACUAUGCGGUUAUGAGCAACAUGGUCAGUGUACUCUGGUCGGUGGCAGCGGGAUCUUGACGCAUAUUUAUAAAGAAGUGACCAAAGUCACUGAUCCAAAGGUCGCGUUGGUGUUUUAUUCUAUAUUAAAAUCGUGUUGUGAGGUUUACUUUCGGUUUUUGCAAAAUUGGCUAUUCGAAGGGACGUUUGACGAUAUCUACGGAGAAUUUAUGAUUCAAAUGCGAUCUCAGCAUUUGCGAAAGAGAGGACGUAAAUUUUGGACGGAGGGCUUCGCGGUCGAUACGGACUCGGUGCCCGGUUUCCUGUCCGACCUUUCGGAAUCGAUUCUGCGGUGCGGAAAGACGCUACGACUUUUGAAAAUCUGCAGUCCAAAGAACUCGGUAUGCAACAUAUCCAUCAGUGGUCAACCAGAAGUGAGAGUCUGUUUAAGCGUGUCUAUGCUGCGAGAACAACUGCUAAGGUGUCAGGAGUACGAACGGAAAGGCGAGGCGACAUUGGGGCCGAUAGUAUCGCUUCUGUCCGCAAUUCGAGACGAGAAGAAAGCCGAAAGGGAAAAGGCCGAACUAGUGAUACGAGCGCAGCAGGAUACCUUAGCGAGAAUCAACAAACAACGUGAAGAACUCGUCGCGAGGACCGUACAAAGUAAACGAGUUUUGCUGCAAAUGUUAAAGAAACAGGCGGAGGAAAGUGCCUUAAUUAAGGAAAAGGAGAAAGAACUUGAGAUGUUGGCUGAUAAAUUGUUGCUCGAGAAGAUCAAUCGGGAGCAAGAAGAAAUGCGGGAGCAACAGAGGGCCGAACGAGAGCAUCUUGUGAGUUACUACGAUAAAUUAUCUGGCGAUCUAGAAAGGAUUCGUGUACGAUCUAAUUGGCGUAAAGCGAGAAUGAACAAUUUCGAGAGACGAGUGGAAUUGUUGGAGUCCUUAAGGAGACGCGACAGAACGAUGUCGGAGAGCAUCGGCAUACCGAGUUCGGGCGAGAAUGUUGACGUGGUUGAUAUUGAUGAACCAAAUAAAGACACUCUCGUUUCCAUAGGCAUGGACGUAUCUACAUCCGAAGUGGAAUCAGUACCAAACCAGGACGAGAACAGUAACUUCGCGGGCAAUGAAGCGAUAGAUGUCACGACAGACAUCUUUAAUCAUAUCAGCCCCGCGGAAAUUCUAUCUCCUACUGAAGUAAUCUCCACGGACACUGACACUCCACCUACGGGAAAUCGUGAUUCUAACAAUAAAAACAACGUGUCGGCUGAAGAAGUCACGACCAAGUAUUCGCACACGACGCAAAACACGCAGAACGUAUGUCUACCGCAAGAGUCCUUGCCAUUGAAUUAUAUAUACAAGAGAAACAACGAAAGGAGCAACUUGCAGGAUUUUCUGCGCGACGAGGCGAUGAAGGAAAUCCGCACUAUUAUGACUGAGCGGGCACCAAACACGAUGACACUGGAUGUUCGUUUGAACAAUAUCCUCAGAGUCGAUGAGCUGACUGGAAAGAUAAUCGGUGCUGUUAACAGACCUAAGUCCUUAGCUAUCAAGAAAAUUGAUAAUAUGACCGCUGCACAAGCUAACAAGCUCAAAGUCCUACUAGAGGAGUACGGUAUGACUCCGAAUAACAACGAGUUCAGCACGAUACUUGCGGGUCAGGCGCAGAUCGCAGAUUGCACAAAUCUGAACGACAAUAAUCGAGUGUUGCUGGACGCCGUCCACGAAAGAGAUGUCGAAAGCACGGGCGAAAAUGUGAAUAACAACGUUCUUUCGACGUUCGAUGUCGAACUGCCGGAAACAACAGUGAUCGUGGACGGGCUUGCGAAUAACGAGUGUUCGCACGGAGCCGACGCGAACGAGAAAGCGCAGGAGUUGGUGUUUGGCAACGGCGCGGCACAGCAGAACAUCAUGGACACGCCGAUGUCGUGCACAACCGACAACUUCACCACGUUGUCGACUCACACACCUUUGUCGCAGGUGCCGAACUGCGAAGACCUGUUCUCCUUGAAUGUCGGCCCGGAAACUUCGUGUUUGUCUUCCAAUACAGUGAGAUCCGUCACGGAAGAGACGUGUUUCGAGUCUCCGAUGAGCGACUUCAAGCUACCGAACUUGUUCGGCCUCAGUCCGGACGUAGUGAGACCUAACAUCGUGCCCUCAUCCUUGACUAUAGCUGACGUCGAGAUGAUCGAUCACACCUCCCUCAAGGUGUACCUGGAGAAGUCCAUUAUCAUUCCGCUGCAGAUACAGAGUCGCCUGAUCAAUAACGCGAUCAUUAAGUACUUGUUGAAUGAACACAAUAUGCUGCUGCAUCUACACAGUCUGCGUAGUUAUUUCUUUCUGUUGAACGGCGAAUUUGCGAAGAGCCUGACGGAUUCGCUGUAUUCUCGCCUCUAUGCGAUAUCCGCGCCGAUCGAGCUCUUCAAUUCUGCGACCCUUACGAAUCUUCUGGAACAGGCGCUGAUGAACUCGUUUAGCAAUAAUUAUGUUAACUCGGAACUUUUGAGCCUCUCCGCCGUUGACAAGCCGCGACAAUUAUACAUAUCAGAUCCGAAUGUCUUAGAAUGCCUUUGUCUCAAUUAUAAGAUAUCGUGGCCGUUGAAUAUUAUUUUGGAUGACACGGUGAUGCUGCAAUAUAGCAAGGUGUUCAAAUUCCUGAUAAUGACUGGUAGGAUGUCGUGGGUAUUGAAGGAAGACUUCAAUAUUAUGAAAGUGGACCGUAAUGUAGUUGUUUCGGAGCAGUAUCACAAACUUCAGUUGUAUAGACAUUCUAUGACACAAUUCAUGAACGCUCUUCAUAAUUACUUAACGUGUAGCGUGCUGCACGCAAGUUGGAGCGAAUUUGAGAAGGAUCUGCAAAACUCGCGGACGAUAGAUCAGAUUUAUCUCUCGCAUAUGAAUUACAUCAAAAGAAUACUUUCGAGGUGCAUGCUAAACACGCGUGGGGAGAAGAUGCGUGUGUGCUUGAUCAACAUCUUUAAGAUUAUACUGAAAUUUCACAAUCGAUUGCGAUCGCAAAUCUGGACGGUUGGCAGCACAGGCCGGUACAGUCAUCCGAAUUUCAAGAGUCUGGAGCAGAUGUAUCAGUCGUUCUGCGAAUGGCGGACUUAUAUGGCACACGUAGCGCACAAAUUAGCUAUUAGCGGGUAUCAGCCGCACUUAACUCAUUUUCUCAAUGCUUUAAAUAUGAAUCACAUGUAUGACUUAACGACGAAACAAUAACAAUGUGAAUGCGCACUCGUUCGUGCCCUCUUUUACGAAAUCGAGAUACACUGAAGGUAAAAAAAACAAAAAAGUAUAGGAAUUAUUUUUUGUAAGUUAUAUCAUUCCCAUAUUAAAAAUAAUUUAAUUUUCACGGAAA